AUGGCUUUCAGAGUCAGAGGGGGUGGGGGAAAUGCCUCUUCUGGAAUGGGUGUUUCUGAGCAUAGCGUAAACACGUUCCAGGAAUUACAGAGGAAGAAAGUUCAUCGCUAUGUGGUUUUUAAAAUUGACGAGAAAAAGAAAGAAGUUGUGGUAGAGAAAACUGGAGGCCCUGCUGAGAGCUAUGAUGAUUUCACUGAAUCCUUGCCUGAAAAUGAUUGCCGAUAUGCUGUCUAUGACUUUGAUUUUGUGACAUCUGAGAACUGCCAAAAGAGCAAAAUCUUUUUUGUUGCAUGGUUAGCUCUUAAAUCCUCACUUACUGUUAACACUGAAUUCACGUCCCUCAGAGACAACAUUGCUGCUCAACCGGAUGACUUCCCAUAUUUUUCUUUAAAGUCUCCUUCAGUAUCCCCCAUUCGCUCCAAGAUGCUCUAUGCAACAUCCAAGGACAGGUUCAGAAGGGAACUGCAGGGCAUUCAUUAUGAAAUUCAGGCAACAGACCCAACAGAGAUGGAUCUUGAAGUCCUGAGAGAGCGUGCAAACUGA